AUGGCAGCGACGGAUGCCAUACGACCGGAGCUUCCGGCUAAAACACGUUUACAUCAAGCACAAGCUGAUGAAUUUCAAAAGGAAUACUACUUCAAACACGAUCAAAUUGUCUCAGCACUUUUGCCGUUGAAAAAGGAUGCUUCUGAAAGUGUUUCACGGCUUUUUAGGUAAUAAUUUUGUUAUUUAUUGAUAAGUUGUGUUUAACAAUAUCUUUUUUAGUUUGGUGUAUAUUUUUUGAGCAUAGUUUUAUAAACUAUUAGGUUAAAAUUGAUAAGAUUUUGCUUGUUUACUUUCGUCAUGAAUAAUAUUGUUGAGGGUCAAUGGUUAUAUCUAACUGGUUUCUUGUCCCAAUAUGCUGUUUUUGAUGUUAAAAGAUAGAUAAAAGUUUUUAGAUCGUAAAAAUAUGUAAUUUAUGUAGUUAGCCAAUGGUAACAUUGCUAAAAAUUUGAUUUAGGACACAAGCAGGAUCAUUGCCAGAGCCGGCUCAUAUCGCUACGGAACGAUUCGAAAACCUUUUUAUCUUGCCGCCAGCUGAAAAAUACGAAGCGUCUGAACCUCAUGUAACUUGUGGUUACUCCGUUUGGGUUACACCUGAGGAUGCACCGAGAUAUCAGGUAAAUAUUAUAUUGUAGUAGGCAAAAUUUGAUUGUUAAACUGGAUUUUUAGUUGAAAAAGAUAGUUUUUGGUGGGGAAAUUGUAAAAUAAGGAGUGACGAAAGUGUACAAAGGUUUCUGGAUAUGAAAUUUUAGUUUUUUGAUUUAAAAUUAUAUUGAAAAACUCAGAUAUUACUUAUUUUUGUCUAAUCUAUCCUAUUGUUUUAGGAAAAACGAACGUUAGAUUUCAUUUUUUACGAUCAUGUUUCAAAGACCGGACGUCACGAUACCGCCAAGGAGUUCUUUGUUGGAGUAACAGGAUCAAAGUCUCGAGAUGCUGUCACUUUUCUCAUCAACGCUCUUCUCACUUUGCGUGAUCUUUCCAACGAUCACAUCAAGUUCGUGGAUGUCACGGUGAAGCGUGUAGCGGCUGAUGCCGUAGUCAUUGUACCGACUUCGAAGGAUUGUGAAACUGAUGAUGAAGUUGAGGAUGUUAUGGCAGGUCAUGUUCAGACCAUGUUGGAGUACGCGUACCCAAAUGCUUUGACAUUUGAUGCUAUUGUGGAGGAUUUGAGAUGUGAUAGAGAUACUGUGGCCGGAUUCAUCGAGGAAUUGGUGCAGAAAGGCAUUGCGGAAAAGCUGGAGAGUGGAGAGAUUAUUAGAGUCAAUAACUUUGCUCGUAAGUUUGGGUUUUGGUUAAGAAAGUGGAUAUUGUAGUAGGUGAGCUGACUUCAUUUGGCAAUAACAUUUUGUUUACAGUAGCUGGGGGGUUUGAAAUUUGGCAUAUUUGUAUAGUAUUCAUUUCUAAAGGUAUUUAAGGAAAAAAAGAUCUCGAAUUAUUUUAAAAUUUUAAAGAGACAGUAGUUUUACCGUACCCUAUUUUUCAAAAUAAUUUUUUAAAUUUAGAUGAUUCUAACUGAUAUAAAAGUUAAAAUGAUCAAUUUCAGACGUCGGUGAGACCAAAUUCUCGAAGGCAGUCAAAGAAAAACCACCAACAAUAGCUAUAGUAACAUGUCUGUUUGUGGAGAACUUGGCCGUAUCUUCUUGUGUCGAGAACGCCAAUACAUUACACAUGUACAACUUGAAUGGGGACUCGAAUGUGUACACAGUGGGUAAUAUAGGACCUCAUCGCGUGGUAGUAACAAAGCUACCGAUCAUUGGGGACAGUCGAGAAGCUACGAUCAGUUCUGGAUCAGUUACUACAAGAUUGUUGGGCAAUUUCCAGGCAGUAGAGCACGUUUUAAUAGUAGGCGUUGGUGGUGGAGUGCCACAUUACACGGAUCCAGAACAGCACGUCAAGUUGGGUGAUGUUGUAGUAAGCUCAACAUCGAAUGGCAAGCAUCCAGCUUAUGUUUAUGGAUCAAGUGUGGUAAAAGACAGAAUAUCUGGCAAAGUUACUGGGUUAUCAGCUCAUAAAUCGUCACCGAAGAAGGAGGUAUUUGUGGAUCUACUGGAGACAAGGUGGGUUGAAGUUUAAAUUUUUGGAGGAUUUUUUGUUUUUUUCGGUAUUUUUUAUUUGUUUUUGACGAAUGUAUGGAUAUUAUAGCAUUAAAAUUCAUUUAUCGUAUGUUAACGUGUAGUAGCUUUAAAGUUGAACUUAAAACUCAGUGUUCUUUUCUUAAAAAUGGUCGUUUUUAUACCUAAAAUUUAAAAUAUUUGGUUUUUCAUACCUCAAUUUCCAUUUUCAGAACAAAAGAUAUCCGUAAAAAAUGGCACAAGUACAUCAACGAACUUAUCAACCAAUUAAACGCCGAAAAACAACAAGACAACGACUUUAAUCGACCAUCAGCCGACCUAGAUGUGAUUGCCCUCGAGAGUGGUGACAAUGAUGCCAUAGUUGUUCCCCAUCCAAACGCCGACCGUACCGACCCAGAAUGGCACGUAGGCACAAUAGCAUCGAUGCUACGAUACGCUCCACCAAUCGUCCUGGAUGAACAAGACAAACCAAUACCACAGCCUUCAGCUCAAGCCCUCAGGAAUGGAUUUUUGUCUGAAUUCAACGCCAGGGCUUUCGAUGGCGGAUUCGACUCGGUUAUUCAGUCGAUUGUUGGCAAUUGCAUCGACUCAUAUGCGUUGAUAAGAUGUGUAGCGGAUUAUCACAAUGGCUCGACUAGAAUUGCUAGACCUUGGCAGGUAAAGAGUGGUUUUGAAGAUUUGAGGGGUGUUUUUGAGGGAAUUUGAUGGGAUUUUAGGUAUAAAAAACUUGUUAUUGUAGAUGUUGGGUAAAAUUUUGAAAAAUGGUUUUAUGAGGUUUGUAAAGCAUUAAAAGGUGCGUAUUGUCUUAAGGUUUUAUUGACGUCGAUGGCUGGUAAAAAAAUUACAGCUUUUUGAAUUUGGCAAAAGUUGAAAUUUACUCAGAAAAUCGAUUUUUUUGCUUUUUUCGUCUUUAACUCAAUUUAACUAUAGUAUAAACAAUGAUAUAAUAAAAAAUUUUUAAAGGAAAUUUUGCAAAAUGUCUUAAUUGAUGUCAAGAUAUUAAUUUUCUUAUUUUUCAGGCUUACGCCGCGGCGAACGCAGCCGCCUUCACCAAAGCCCUUCUCGAAUCUCUACCCGCGAAUAAAUAA